GGAAGAAAGACAAUCGUUGGAAUUUGGUUUAUCCUCUGGUGUGUUUUAGAGUCGUUGAGAAUGUUUCAUGUUUAUCGUUUCAAAACAAGUUGUUUUGUGUGUGAUGCUGCAGCUGCGAAUGUCUCUGUUAUCAAAGCCACUGCCAGUGUUGGAGGAGCUUGUGGUGAUUCUGAGGUUGAGCCAGUAUUUACCAAUCCUUUCGAUCCUUUAAGAAGUAUUUACUGGCUUAUUUGUCCCUCUCACCAGCUAAAGAACAUGAUUAAUGCCCUCUAUUCUUCUCAACGAGGAGGCACUAAGGCAUUUACCCUGGAUAGUGUUCAGUUUGGAUGGCAAACAGUAAUCGAUAUGUAUAAACGAGAAUGUGAUAGACGUAACUCUGGCUGCGCUUGUGCGAUACUAAAGAUGAGAGAGUCUUAUGUUCUUCGUGAUGCCUGGACUAAACUAAAUGUUUUGCCAGCUAAAAUAAUGCAUGUAGCAGAGAUGCUGAACUUUAUACUUGUGUUCCCUAUUAUUUUAGCAGACCCAUCAUACGUUUCCAAAGACCUCUCCCUUCAGCUUGGGAUAAUAAUUAUAAGAAUUCUAACUACUGGAUUUAAGUUACAUUGCAAGGAUUUCAUUGCGAGAUACCCUGACUACUUCAUCUCACCACUGCGAGUGUCUGGAAGUUCAGUAGAAACCCUCUUCGCUCAAUACAAGCACUUGAGUGGGAGUAAGCUUGACAGUGUAAACUACACUACAGCUAGAGCAAAGUAUUUGUGUAACAAGUCAGUUGUUGCCUCUCAUCACAGUGGCAAAUAUUACUGAGACAUGCCUCGAAAUGUACCAUUACACAAGACCGUUACACAAGAAAAAGUACGGCAAUAGAAACCUGACUAUAUUAGAACAAGUAUAUAAUUAUGCCUCGAGGCGUAGCCGCACGUGGGAUACGGUAAAGCUGACUGUGUGUCUGUCUGUGUGUCUGUCUGUCUGUUCCAGCUGUAACUGCUCAACGGUUGCAAUGCGACGAAAACUAACAGCGGCUUCUAGCCACGUUCUCUUGGAUUUUGAUUCGUAGAUUAGCAAACUAAAGCUUCUUUCUCGAGUUAUGGCUAGUUUGACUCACCUUGAAGGCUUUUGCAGUCUCUUCAGAAUCUUUCAUAGCAUCAUCUGUCUGCACAAACUUUCUAUUCAACACAUGAGUUAGCCUUGCACUAAAACGCUAGCUUUUUGUUAGCUACAAGAGUCAGAAAAGAUAUGUUAAAACAGCUAGCUAUAGUAGCCAUUGUGAACUAGUUGGGCGUGGCUCGACCGUCUCCUGACAGGAGGUCGGGUUGCAAGCCUAUCUGGGAUUUGUUCUAGCGCCACUAUAGUGGCGCCCUAUCAGAUUGCAGCAUUUUUCACGUGCUUGGUUACACUUCCGUUUGCAUCUAGUUGCGAAACCGCAUGCAGUAUGCUGUAUGCUGUGGUUUUUUAUCCACGUCAUCAUGUCGGUUAACACCCACUUGAGAAGAAGAAUAUUCAUGGCAGUGUUACAUAAUGCUGCAGAACAAAUCCCAGAUAGGCUUGCAACCCGACCUCCCCAGGGGCGGAUCCAGGAAAAAUGAAAGGGGGGG